AUUCCCGACCGAAACGGGAAAAGAGGCACGGUUUCAUUUCUACUGCACGGAACAGAGCGAAUCUGUAGCGAACCCCUUUCUCUGCCACAGAAAGCGUUAAAGGGCGCUUACCGCUUCAAUGGCAUCUCUUGCUAUCUUCAGAGCUCUAAGAAAUCGACGCUUCUCUUCAAUUUCUCCUUCUGCAAUACCUUGCUCUCGGUCGUUCUCUAGACUUAUUAGCACGUUGGUUUUAGGUGAACAUGAAGGGGGAUUUCUUAAACCAUCAACUUUAAGUGCAAUUUCUGCCGCAAGUUCUAUUGGUAAAGAUAAUUCGAUAUCUGUUCUGCUGGGUGGCUUUGGUUCAGACCUCAAAAAAGCUGCUACGCAUGCUGCAUCUGCCCGACCUGUGAUUUCUCAGGUGCUAGUAGCAGAUGCGGACAUAUUAACUCAUUCAUUGGCUGAAUCUUGGGCUGAUCUAGUCUAUUUGCUACAGAAAGAGGGUGAUUACUCAUAUAUAAUUUCUGCCUCAAGUUCAUUUGGAAAGAAUGUGUUACCACGGGCUGCUGCUCUUCUAGAUGUUUCUCCUAUAACUGAUGUUAUUGAAAUAUCCGAGCCUCAUUUGUUUGUCAGGCCAAUUUAUGCUGGUAAUGCUCUAUGUAUGGUUCGUUAUACUGGCUUAGAUCCUUGUGUGAUGACCAUUAGACCCACAUCAUUUGCCCCUCCAGCUAUCCCAAGUGAAGUGGACUCUAAUGCAGCCCCUAUCUCUCAGGUUGACCUCUCAACCUUUAACAAAGAAACACAGAGGAAAUCUUGGUGGUUAAAGCUUACCUCUCAAGAAACUGACCUUCCGGAUCUUGGAAAUGCACGGAUUGUUGUUACAGGCGGACGAGGGUUGAAAAGUGCAGAGAACUUCAAGUUAUUGGAAAAACUUGCUGAAAAGCUUGGUGCAGCAGUUGGAGCCACACGAGCUGCAGUUGAUGCCAACUUCGUACCAAAUGACCUCCAGAUUGGUCAAACUGGAAAAGUCGUUGCUCCUGAACUCUACAUGGCUUUUGGAGUUUCAGGAGCCAUCCAACACUUGGCUGGAAUGAGGGACUCCAAGGUCAUUGUAGCUGUAAAUAAAGAUCCUGAUGCACCUAUAUUUCAGGUUGCAGAUUAUGGACUUGUUGCCGACUUGUUUGAGGUGAUACCAGAGUUGAUUGAAAAGAUUCCAGAAAAGAAGUAACCCCAGCUUAAAAAAUUGAUUUGCCCAGAAUUUUCAUGCGAUGGCCUUUAUUUAUUCCAUCAUGAAUUAAUCAAAUUAGCAAAUUACAUACAAAAAUAAGUCUGCUUAGUAUUGUUGUAUGGCCGAGCUGUAGCACCUUGAUGCCAUUCCAUUGCUAUUUUUAUUUUCCAUAUUCAGACUAAUUUUCUACAGGUCGAGCUGUAAUAAAUGUCGAGCUGUUUCAUUA